ACAGAAGCAGCAGAUCCUGCAGCUCCAUGCCCGGAUCAGAGAGAACGAGCUGAGAGCAGAGCAGGUGCUGCACAGCCAGAGGGUGUGGCUGGAUGACCCCCCCUUCCAAAAGGAAUCAGCGUUGAGAACAUGCAAACAGCCCUCUGAUAGGCUUUACUGCGAUGAGGAGCUGGGGAGGAAGCUGGCGGUGGCUGAGCUGGAGGUUCUCCAUCUGAGCGAGUUCUUCAAGCAGGUCAACCACAAAUAUACAGAGGACAUCAGGAAACUGGAGGAAAAGAUAAAGACGAGGGAUCGCUACAUCAGCAGUCUGAAAAAGAAAUGUCAGCGAGAGAGCGAACAGAUCCGAGAGAAACAGCAACGCAUCGAAACUCUGGAGAAAUACCUCUCUGAUCUGCCGACGCUGGACGAGGUGCAGACCCAGAGCCAGCAGCAGGAGGAGGUCCAGCAGAAGGCCAAACAUCUGGAGAGAACUGCCUCCCGGUUACAGCAGAGCCUGGAGGAAGGGUACGCACUGAUGAAGGAGAAGGACAUCAGGAUGGAGAUGCAGACCAUGAGGGAGAAGGAGCUGAUCGCAUCGGUGCAAAGGAACAAGAGGGCUUUCAUAGCUCAAGACACUGUGGGGGCUAAAAAUGUGCAGAAGGAGCUGAAAAAAGAGCUACGAGCAGCCAAGGAGAAAUACAAAGACCAGUUGGAGGGUCGUCUGGAGGUCAAUAACUCUCGAGAGGUGUGGGGAGGAACGAGGAAGAUCACAGGUUUCACAUCUCUGAUAAUCACUACCGGACAAGUCAGGAAUCAGCUCUCGAAGAUCAACGUGAGGAAGGCAAGGGGGCCAGAGAACACCAACCUCCGGGUGCUCAAGGCGUGUGCCGGACAGUUAGCGGGAGCUUUUGAGCACCUCUUCAGUCUCUCCUUGAAGCUGAUGAAGGUGCCUGACAUCUGGAAGACCUCCUGCAUUGUCCCGGUGCCCAAAAAGACACGCCCCAGCACUCCAGGAGACUACAGGUCUGUAGCUCUCACUUUACACGUCAUGAAAAUCUUUGAGAGACUGAUCCUGCAGCACCUCAAACCCCUCGUGUGUGACUCCAUGGACCCUCUACAGUUUGCCUUCCAGGAAAUCAUUGGUGUAGAGCAAUG